AUGAUGAAAGCAGCUUCAAAACAAUUGAUCUUUAUCUUUAUUUUAUUACAAGUUGCAAAUAAGUGUGUACACGCACAAUGGUAUUUACCUCAAGCAUGUUUAACAACGUUUGCCGAUAUAUCAAGUGAAACAUUUCCAUUUACUCAUCAUUGUCCAUCGUCAUGUUUUACCAUAAUGUAUUUAUCAAGUAAAGGAUAUCCAAUUUAUGGAAAUGUCAGUUAUAGUCAGUCGUCCGUUAUAUGUAAAUCAGCGUUACAUGACAGUCGUGUAUCACAAUGGUCAAAUAUAAAUCCAAAUUCAUCAGUUCGUAUUCUAACUGGAGGUCAAAUGCAAUCUUUUGGAAAUGCAUUAAGAAAUGGAAUUGUGUCACUGCGGAGCACAACAUCUGCAAAUUCCUACAUAUUUGACAAUCCUCGUAUAAAUGAAUCGAUACCUGACAUAGCAAUAGAACAUCGAAAUUUUUUAUAUUCCAAAGAGUCGGAUUCUCGUAUAACAUGUAAGAGUAAAAAUCAUCCAAUAAGUAAUAUACGACCACUUGAUGUUGAUGUUGGCUGGGAAACAUGGACUCAAAGUCGUUUACAAUAUUUUACGAAGCCUGUAACUAUGACGCGCAAUGCUGCCAUUAGCUUUUGUGACGUUAAUAAUGGAACACUUAUGUACGUAAUGAAUAUGAGCGAACAAAACGUAUUACAAAAUAUUAUUCAAACAACUCUGGAUCAAUUAUUCAAAUAUCAACGAGCUCGUAGCAAUAAUACACUAUUCUUUCAUUUUGGAUAUAAGAAAGCGAAUAACAUUGAACUAUGGGAAAAUAGUCCCAUCGCAGAUACAUUUCAUCCAAUGGUUAAUGAAACUUGGUCGUCCACUACCGAUUAUUGUACGUACAUUCAAAGUAUCGGUAUACAAUUUUCCAAUGCACAAUUUCAAAUAAUAUCAAAUAAUUGUCAAGAUAAUGUUGCACGUUAUCCAUUAUGUAGGCGAUUACCUAAGCAAGUUGAAUAUGAUUUUAUUUAUCGUGUAUCACCUAAUGUCGAGCAAAUAACUCUGAACCGUACUGUUACCUACUGUCAACAAUUUGGUGGGUAUCCUGUCUAUGCCCUAAACGCUUACGAGUGGCAGCUUGUGCAAGAAAUUUGGUUAAUGAAUCCAGUGUAUAGUUUUUAUUUAACCGGUUUGCUAAAUGAUGAAAGCAAAAAAGAAUCAACAGCAUUUUGGUAUCCCAUGAACAUAACAUAUAAUACAACUCUCGACUAUCUAAUAUGGGGUAGAAAUAACGGUGGUCCAUCAUCAACACGUUAUCAUGGUUCAAAAUCCGAUGGAGAGUCGUAUUAUGCUGUUUAUGAUACAGCAGAUGUUCUCACAGCACAAAUAUUUUGUCGAAAACCAGAUGUGCGAAAGGCGAUGACAACGACCGGAUGUUAUUCUACAUGUACGGGACACUGUUUAACUGUAUCAUUACCGGCAUCGAGAGAUGAUGAACGUUUUGGAUUAUUCACGUGUCAACCUCAAGAUUCGAGUAUUGGAAUUAUAACACAAUCAUUCCCAAGAGAUGCUAUUGAUUUCUAUCGUCCAAGUUUACCAAUGUCGUACGCUGUCUUUCGGCGUCAACCGUUCACCACAUCUUCGUUAAUAUUACGAUUGAGUUUAAAUUCAACAAACGACUUACGCGAUCCUUGUUUUGAAUAUCUAAAUAUGGGAGCCGCCAACACACCUGAUUCAUACAGAUUAUCCAUGUGUGACCAUUCCACAAAUACUGCUGGAACAUUAAAUAAAACAAUGGGACCAAUCAUCAUUAAUAAUGGAUCAAAUGGAAUUAUGACAUUUGCUAAUGAAAAUAGAAGAUUAUUUGGACAUCAUGUUCGAGUUAUCGACAAUAUUUUGAACGAUGGGCGAUGUUCCCAUCAAGGUGUCUAUCACGUUCUUGCUCAACAAUGUAUAUGUGCACCGGGUUUCUAUGGAGUAUCGUGUGAAUACAAUUGUCCAGCCGGUUAUUAUGGUCAGGCCUGUGAUUUUCAGUGUGAUGGAAAUAAUUAUUGUAGAGAUUCACUUAUCUGUCUGCCGGACCCGUACGGAUGUUCAUGUUAUACGGGUUGGUAUGGAACGGCUUGUAAUGAAACGUGUCCUCAACUUCAAUAUGGUCCAAAUUGUGAAAACACGUGUACGGGUUGUUCCACCUAUUGCGACAGAUUUACAGGAAUAUGUGAUUGUAAUGGAACAGAAUGCUAUCGAGGUAAUUACAAGCGUAGUGAUAUUAUUGCUCGAUGUGGUCAGUCGUCAAAUUUGGCCGUGUUAAUAGCUGCUCCUUUAUCAGCGGUUUUUUUUCUUGCUAUUGUCGUGGUAGCUGUGGGCGCAUGGAGAUGGAGAAAAAAGAACCAUUCUGAAAAUCUGGUCUCAAAAUCCCCGAUAAGUUCAUCAUCGCCAGAGGAAGUGUAUGACCAAUCCGUGAAGCGGGGAUCAUAUGCUUUUGAUGGAGGAUAUUAUAAUAAUACAAUGACGGAAAGAUUAUAG